AUGGCAAUCUCAGUCCUCCGCGGCACACAUCGCCUCCGCUUCUCUCCUCCUUGGCUCGCGCGCUCGUCAGAGGCUUCUGCAUUUUACAAUCCUCAAGGGAGAGAAUGCUAUGGCAUCCAGUCUCGGUUUCCAGAACUGGGACCAACUGUCACAGCUUUCAAGGCAGGGCACCUGCAAUCUGAGCCAUUAGAUUUGCGCUCAAAAAGCGGGGUGGCUCAAUGUGGGUUCGGUCUGAAUAGAGGAAGGUUCUCCAGUACUUGUGUGGGACGCAGCCUCCACAUCACUUGUCCUGGUGUGAGAAGAGCGAGCACGUCUGCAGCAGCAGAAGCAGGAACUUCACAGGGCCCAGAUCCAGCCGAUGGUUCUCUGGAAGACGUGGAAGGCGUCACUGUUAAGCAUAGAUUCGUGAGCAACGGGGGGCAGAGGUUACACUACGUUGAGGCGGGGGAUCCUGGCGGGCAGCUAGCCGUUCUACUCCAUGGCUGGCCUUCCUUCUGGUAUUGCUGGGUCUACCAGCUCAAGCCCCUCGUAGAAGCGGGUUAUCACGUCGUUAUCCCGGACAUGCGAGGGUAUAACCUGUCGGACAAACCAAGCAACCUGGCGGAUUCCGGACGGUAUAACCUGUCGGACCAACCACGGAACCUGGCGGACUUCGGCCGGGAGCCGUGCCUUUCGGACAUCAAGCUGCUUAUUGAGAAGAGCAGUGGGGGGCGACCUGCGAACCUUAUAGCCCACGACUGGGGGGGUGCAAUCGCCUGGCAUUUCGUGCGGAGCUACCCCCACCUCGUGUCGCGGCUCGUCACCCUCAACAUUCCGGAAACGAGCACUUUCAAUGACGCGUUGGAACACAAUAAGGAGCAACGCAAGAAGAGCUGGUACAUCGCGUUCUUCCAGAUUCCGUUCCUCCCGGAGUGGCUCCUCAGCCGGAACAACUACAAGGGGCUCCAGAUCGCAUUGAAAGGCUCGAAACCACGGACGGAGGAGCUGCUAAGACGGCACGUCGACGCCUUCUCUCGCCCGGGAGCCCUCACAGCGAGCAUCAACUACUACCGCGCGGGCGGGCGCGGCCACUGGGCACCCGCGGGGGAUCCCCCUGGGCGGGUGGAGCUUCCGGUGAAAGUCAUAUGGGGAGAGGAUGAUGUGGCGCUCGGGAAGGAACUGGCGGCGCCGCCGAAAGAGCUGGUGCCCAAUCAUGAGGUCGUUUUUCUCCCGGGGGUUUCUCACUGGUGCAUGUGGGACGAUCCCGAGAGAGUGAGCGCGGAGAUCCUAGACUUCCUGGCCAAGGAUGUCUCUUAGCAGCCCUCUUUUACCAAUCGUCCGACGCAUGCAUUAACAGAUUACUUGUACAUUCAUUUGAGUUAAUAUUAGUCGACGCUUUUGGGACUAUUUCUGCUGAUAGAGUUCAAAAAAAUCGCAUUACAUGCAAUUAACGAGCGCAUUUGAUCUUACCAAGCAAGGUCGGAGCGCCCGUCGGACAACCGUCGUUCUGAUCCUGUUGGAUCAAGCCGUUCCUUCAAAAACAUUCAGGCACUUAAUCACAGUCCCUUCUUGAUCAUGCCACCUUAAUUGAAUGUUACGCAAUCAUCUAAGGGCUUUAUCCCCUCCCCG